GUCGCGGUUCCUUGCAGUUACUUGCUACUCGCCAGGCUCGGAGCAGCGCGCACACGAAUUACGCACCACGUUAGCGCAUCUAGAGGCACUCCGGACGGUUCUGCGGGAUUGUUUUGGCGACGGAGAGGGACCUAUAGUAUGAGAACUUUCAUCUCAGCUCGUUCGGUUUCUUUCAUUUUCCCAUUUGCUCAUUUGAUUGUUUUUUCAUCUUUUUGCCCUCAUCAUUUUUCUUCUUCCGCUGUCAUCCACAGUUCAUCCAGCGCUCCCAGUGUGUCGCUCACUACUACGACCACCACCAGCUGAAACGGGGAAUAUCUCGGGCCAUUCUCUCUCUCUCUGCUCUACCACCACCACCGCAACCACUACCACCCAUCGCCUCUCAUCGCUGCUAUCAUCUGCUGGAUUGGUACCUGAAUUGCUGGUGUACUAGAGACCCGGACUAACACGCGGAUUUGUAUUCUUCUGCUACUUGGCCUACAGUGGACACCGCAUCCAACAGCAGCAGAAGCAGUGGGUCGACACGGGUCGCCCCUUUUUCUCUCUGAGGAAUGUACCUAGUGAAGUGGGCGCACUGAAAGUGGCGAGAAACCACGCAACUCCAGCUCUUCUUGAACUAUACUCGCUGCGCGCCCUUUGGGUCUCCAAGCCGAGCGCGGAGCUCUCGUUCAGAGCGAGAGAGAGUCGGAUCUCUCGGGUGUAGUGUGUGGAGAUGCGCAGGGUUUGAUCGCGUUGCGUCCAUCCUUGUGGCUACCGGACCGGGAAUAUAAAAUAUAUUGUGGCGGCCCUUUAUUCCGAUUUUUUGGAGCGCCUGACGUUUGAGUUUUGGACAUAAUUCACUCAGAGACGGAUUGCAGAGCCACACGGAAAACAAAGAAAUCAUGGGGGACUCAAUGUGGAGAUAUUAUCUAGGAGUUUUGUUUCUCGCGUGCAAGGUGAACUUGUCCCGGGCGCUCAUUUUGGAGUCCAUCUACUGGAACACCACGAACACCAAAUUUGUGCCGGGCCAGGGCGUGGUGCUGUACCCACAGAUCGGCGACAAGCUGGACAUCGUGUGCCCGCGCGUGGACGGUGGCCCCAGUGACGGGGUGGAGUACUACAAGGUGUACAUGGUUCCCCGGGAGCAGCUGGAGAGCUGCACCAUCACCAAGGCCGACACGCCGCUGCUCAACUGCGUCACUGACCAGGACGUCAAGUUCACCCUCAAGUUCCAGGAGUUCAGCCCGAACCUCUGGGGCCUGGAGUUCUUCCGUGGCAAGGACUACUACAUCAUCUGUAAGUUCACACACUAAUGACGCGCUAAUGCCGACCCUCAUCAUCGUGUUCACUGCGUUGCCAUUCAGCAGAUGCUUGUAUCCAAUGGGGACAAUGUGCACCGGUAGACUUGUGUCCGUUUGGGUAUCAAACCCAGUACCUCUCGGUCAGUGCACCCGAGCUUGUUGUGUUAGCAUGUUUCUUUUCAUACGGGGAACCGAAAAUCAUCCACAAAAUAACGAAGCAGAGAUGGAGCCUUUAUUGUGUUUCUUUGUGAUUGCCUUUCUUUCUGCUCCAGAAGUUGUUGUAGGCAGUGCGGCUGUUGUGCCGUACAUAGAGUUCUCUUUGAACCCUCAUCCCCCAUUUGGAUUCUUUCACUUCCAGCACUGAGCUUGUUGCGCUCCGAUCCGCCUCCAUAGUGGUCACAGUUGAUGAAAACUCCUUCUCUUUUUGUUGUGUGUCGUUCUUCGAACAACAGGCUGCAGAUCUCAAGUGUCCAUGGCUUAGGGACUCAGAGCUCAGGGACUUGCUAAGCUGCUCAUAGACUUUCCCAGUCACACACUCAUCUCAUCCAAUCAAAUGCCAAGGGAUGCCAUUCUCCCUCCAAUCACAGCUUGUGCUCUCCAUGAACGGUGAUGCACUGGUUAUUGUCUUGGGAGGAAGAUGUGAUUUUAGGGCGCCUACUGAUGAUGUCCCUCCGUGGU